UAGAAAUUCGUAUUACCAACCAUCCGUGUUGCUCAUCGUGAACCGCCGCCGCUGCGCGUCGAUUACAAGUGCAUCUCUCUUCCACAUCCAAGCGAGGCGGCGGAGAUGGCUGGCGGCAGGUCGCCGUCCGUUGUGAAUCGUGGUUUCCUUCUUCAACGAAUUAAGUCUUGUCGCCAUAAAUGUCCCACCGUCGACGACAUCGUCGAGCAUCUCCAGUCCACUUACCGGGACUACCGACAUCUCAAGAAGUCACCUUUCACUUUAAUCGUCCAACAAACCCUCGACUCGCAGCUCACGAAGAGCCCUAAAUCCAUUCCUUCUGCUUCCACCAGCAAAAUCAAGCGCCAAUUGCAAGAUUCUGAAGAUGAAGGCGCAGAUUGCAGUACCAUUGGAAAGAAGCGGCAUAGGAGAGUCGACGUACGCGAACAGCGGUUGCAGAGUAUGGAGAAUAUGCAUCUCAGGAGGAUACAACGCAGCAAUCAGGAUGAUUCGUCGUCGUCUUCGUCUUCUUCAUCGGAUUCUGAUAAUAGUGGCGAUGGAGCGUUGUCGACAUCGGAGGAUGCCAUUUACGGGGAAAAGGUAGAGCCGGAGUUCGAUCUGAUGAAGUCGAUGCUCCGAACAUCUUAUGCAGAGUCGAAGAAAUCGAAGAAUGAGCAUUUGGAGAAGAGUGUGGAGUUGGAAGUUGCCAUAGAUAAUAAGGUUGCUGAAAAGAUUUGUGUGGGGAAUGCAAGCAAGGGGGUAUUGCAGAAGGAGACACAGGAUUCUCCUAAUGGGACAGAAGUUGAAACAGGUGGAGCGAAGGAGGAAGGGCCAAGGUUUAAGGAUUUGGGAGGGAUGAAGAGUGUGCUAGACGAAUUGAAGAUGGAGGUGAUUGUGCCACUCUACCACCCACAGCUGCCAUUGUGGUUGGGGGUUCGGCCGAUGGCUGGAAUUUUGCUACAUGGACCCCCUGGUUGUGGGAAGACAAAGUUGGCUCAUGCCAUUGCGAACGAAACUGGCGUGCCAUUCUAUAAGAUUUCCGCCACGGAGGUCGUGUCGGGUGUAUCAGGUGCGUCGGAAGAAAAUAUUAGAGAGCUUUUUGCCAAAGCGUAUAGGACAGCACCCUCAAUUGUUUUUAUUGAUGAGAUUGAUGCAAUUGCAUCAAAGAGAGAAAAUCUACAGAGAGAAAUGGAGAGACGGAUUGUAACACAACUAAUGACUUGCAUGGAUGGAUUCCACAAACUUGUAGAUUCUACUGAUGCAAGUUCAAAGAAAGAUAGUUCCAAUGUUAGACCAGGCUAUGUUCUUGUAAUUGGUGCUACCAAUAGACCUGAUGCUGUUGAUCCUGCAUUAAGGAGGCCUGGUCGUUUUGAUCGUGAGAUCGUAUUAGGGGUUCCAGAUGAAAAUGCAAGGACUGAAAUUCUCUCUGUCCUUACCAGCAACUUGAGACUCGAAGGUUCAUUUGAUCUUCUAAAAAUAGCUAGGGCGACUCCUGGGUUUGUUGGAGCUGAUUUGACAGCAUUAGCUAAUAAGGCUGGUAAUCUUGCCAUGAAGAGGAUAAUUGAUCAAAGAAAAUGUGAAUUAUCUUCUGAUGUUGUUGAUAAGGAACAUAUGGAAGAUUGGUGGAAGCAGCCUUGGUUGCCUGAAGAGAUGGACAAAUUGGCUAUAACCAUGACUGACUUUGAGGAAGCAAUUCAAAUGGUACAACCUUCACUGAGAAGAGAAGGGUUUUCUGCAAUUCCUAGUGUAAAGUGGGAAGAUGUUGGAGGCUUAGAACAACUAAGAGCAGAGUUCGAUCGCUAUGUAGUUCGGCGUGUAAAGUAUCCAGAGGAUUAUGAGGGCUUUGGUGUGGAUCUAGAGACGGGAUUUUUGCUAUAUGGUCCUCCGGGAUGCGGUAAAACACUAAUUGCUAAGGCCGUUGCAAAUGAGGCUGGAGCCAAUUUCAUUCACAUUAAGGGGCCCGAGUUACUAAAUAAAUAUGUUGGAGAAAGUGAACUUGCAGUUCGGACACUAUUUAGUCGGGCAAGGACGUGCGCACCAUGCAUUCUAUUCUUCGAUGAAGUGGAUGCCUUAACAACAAAACGUGGGAAAGAAGGGGGAUGGGUUGUGGAGCGAUUAUUGAACCAGUUACUCAUAGAGUUGGAUGGAGCAGAACAACGACGAGGUGUCUUUGUUAUUGGUGCUACAAAUAGACCGGAGGUCAUGGAUCCUGCUGUUCUGCGGCCAGGUAGAUUCGGAAAACUUCUUUAUGUUCCUCUCCCUGGUCCAACUGAACGAGGGCUAGUCUUAAAAGCUCUUGGAAGGAAGAAGCCUAUUGAUAUUGGCGUAGAUCUACUUGCGAUUGGACAAAUGCAGGCUUGUGAUAAUUUUAGUGGGGCUGAUCUUGCUGCACUGAUGAAUGAAGCUGCAAUGGCUGCUUUGGAAGAAAAAUUGACAUCAGUCAGCAGUAAAUUGGAAUCAGCAUCAUGUACAAUCAAGAUGACCGAUUUUGAGCGUGCGCUGACUAAGAUUUCGCCCUCCGUGUCAGAAAAGCAAAAACAUUUUUACGAGCUUUUGUCGAAGAGCUUAAAAGCUGCUUAAUGGAUGCAAGACAGUUAAUUCAACAAUAUUUGAUAUUUGGUACAGUUGCUGGCAAAUUUCAAUUCCUAAAGAGCUGUGAGUUUUGAAGUUUAAAAGGCACCCAAAAGAGUUACCCCGUAAGUGUGAGGAGCCUUCUUUUGUGAAUGGCAUUCCGAAAGUUUUGUUUAAUAUCAAUUCUUUGAGCUAAAUUUACUAUUCGUCAUUAAGGUUUUAGAGAUUAUUUAUUUAGGUCCUAACAUGACUAGAAGUACAUUUUUUCUUAUGAGAGUUUGAAAAUAGUUGGAAAU